AUGGGAGGAUUUAGCACACUGGACAUGAUGAUCACCUCAGCCAUGGGUUUGAAUACUCUUCUGACAUUUUUUGCGGCGUUUGGGCUGUUCGACGCUGCCCUAUCUUCAGGUUCGGGCAUUCGGUCGAGAUAUCCCGCUUCCUACGCUCCAGAGAGUCUCGGAUGCUCAUCAGUUAUGCCGAGUGUUCGAAAUGCUCAAAAUUUAAGCUCUUCUGAGUCGGCAUGGCUACAGAAAGGCAAAGAGAGCAGGCUUUUAUCGCUUCAAAAUUUGCUUGAUCGACUUCAUAUCGAGGGUUUCGAUGUUAAGGCAUAUUUCAAGUCUUUUGAGAAAGCUGACCCUCCCAGCAUAGGAAUUGCAUUCUCUGGGGGUGGCUACCGAGCACUCAUGAAUGGCGCGGGUGCUUUUACAGCGUUCGAUGAUCGCUCUGAAAAUUCUAAAAUACCUGCCAAUGGGCAGCUUGGAGGGAUUAUACAAUCUGCGACAUAUAUAUCAGGGCUUAGUGGGGGAUCUUGGUUGGUCGGAUCGGUCUACAUCAAUAACUUCCCUACGAUAGCAGAACUGAUGAAUGACCAAGGCGGGGCCCUAUGGAGAUUUGAUAGCUCAGUAUUGCAAGGCCCAGAAACCGAGGAUGAUUAUUAUCAGAAACUCAUUCACGAAGUCGACAGGAAGUCUAAUGCCGGUUUCCAGGUAUCAUUGACUGAUUACUGGGGUCGGGCAUUAUCCUACCAACUCAUUAACGCGACUGGUGGGGGGCCAAAUAAGUCGUGGUCAUCUAUAUCUAUCUCAAAAGAAUUCAAUGAUGGCCGCAUACCAAUUCCCAUCAUCACUGCACUUGAGCGAACAUCAGGGGAGAAGGAUAUAACUUUAAACUCAUCCGUAUUUGAGAUCACUCCUUGGGAACUUGGUACAUGGGAUCCUUCGACUUUUGCGUUUAUGCCAUUAGAUUACCUGGGCUCGAACUUCAGGUCAGGUGAAAUCGAUGGCGACACAUGCACGCACGGAUUUGAUAAUGCUGGUUUUCUUAUGGGAACCUCAUCAAGCUUAUUCAAUCAGGCUCUUCUACAGAUAAACAACAGUGGAAUGAGAGAUUCAUUACAGAAAGUUGCAGAAUCUCUGUUAGAAAACCUUGAUGAAAGUGAGAAAGAUGUCGCAAUUUACAAACCCAAUCCCUUCUACCUCUGGAGUAAUGACUGGAGAAGCAAGAACGCCAAGGAAGAGACAUUGUUCCUUGUGGAUGGGGGGGAGGAUCUACAAAACAUACCGUUCUAUCCUUUACUACAGCCAAAACGCAAAGUGGAUGUUGUGAUUGCUAUAGACAGCUCGGCUGAUACCGAAUUUAGUUGGCCCAAUGGAACAAGCAUGUUGGCAACAUAUAAGAGAAAUUUGAAUCCCAGUGGCAUUGGAAAUGGAACAGCCUUUCCUCACGUGCCUGAUCAAAAUACAUUUGUGAACCUGAGGCUGAAUCAACGACCAACAUUUUUCGGGUGUCGAUCUCCGUACGCAGCCGGGGAAAAAAGGACAACCGGUCCUUUAAUCAUUUACAUUCCGAACAGCCCAUAUUCUUUCUACUCAAACGUUUCGACAUUUGAUCUGGAGUUCAGUGCCUCUAAGCGAGAUUCUAUUAUCCUGAACGGAUACAAUGUUGCUACAAUGGGAAACGGAUCCGUUGAUUCCAGGUGGCCAACUUGCGUUGGAUGCGCUAUUCUGAGUAGGAGUCUUGAAAGGACAAAUACCUCCGAGCCACAUGAAUGCGUAGAGUGUUUCGAGAGCUAUUGCUGGAAUGGAACUAUCAGCAGUACGGCUCCUGACUCUUAUCAGCCAACACUCAUACUUGAAAGUGGUAUUGGAAAGGGGUUGAAGAUUUGGAACACGUUCCUAUUAUCGAUGAUCCAAAUUGUGUUAGGUGAAGCAACCUUUUCUUUGAUGUUCUAG